AUGAAGUGUGUUUGCCAUUCGGCUCACCUUGGUGCAAGUGAAUCCUGUAAACGGUUACCAAGAUCAUGUGAAGAUUUGGCCAGAAAUAUUUUCAACUUUUUAAAAAGUUCUUCAAAACGCCAAUGUGAGUUCUCUCAGUUUCAAACGUUUUUAAAUCUGGAUCCCCAUAAAAUAUUACAUCCAUCACAAACUCAAUGGCUGUCUUUAACUGCAGUAGUAGACAGAGUUAUAGAACAAUGGGAUGCACUGAGAUUAUACUUUUUAGAUACUGUUUUAGUACAGCGGCUUCUGUCAACUGAACAUAUCCUUGCUGCUUUGAAUGACCCUUUUAUGAAGUUGUUUUAUUAUUUCUUGCAAUGGGCUCUUCCUAAAUUUACAAGAUUUAACCAAUUCUUUCAGACAGAUUCUGUUGUUAUUACUGAUUUACAUGAAAAGAUUGUUUCACUCUACAAAGAGCUUUUAUUAUGUUUUUUGAAAAGAGACUAUGUUAUGAGAACUCCUCUAAUAAAUAUAAAUCCCAUGAAUGGGCAAUAUCAAAUCACAGAUAAUGAACUGUAUCUGGGAACUAAGGAAUUAAUGCAUAAGGACAAUCCGGAUAUUUUAAGUAAUAAUAACCAACGUAAAGACUUUUUUGAAAGGUGUCGUCAGUUCUUACAAACAUCUUCUUUAGAAAUGAAAAAAAGAUAUAAUAUGGCUGAUCCUGUCUUAACAGAAUUAUUUAGUUUUAAACCAAAAAAUGCUUUGUCAUUAGAAUUUAGAAACACUAAGGCUUCUCUUGUCAAUCUGAUUAAAUUAGUUCCUUGUAUCAUUAAUAUUAAUGACCCACGAAUAUAA